CCUCCCCGCCGCAGGCUCCCUCUCUACUCAGAGCUCUGGUCCUCUAGCGGGGCGAGUGUGUGUGCGUGUGUAGUGCGAGUGGGGGGUCCUUCACUUUCCCCCUCUCCGGCUCCCGGUCCACGCCUCCCCGCUCCCCGCCGCCACUCUCUGGAACGCCCGCCCACCCAGCCCCGCAGCCCUCCCCAUCCCCAGGAGGAAGGCAGAGCGGGGAAACGUAAAGUUUCUGCUGCUCAAAGUGACGCAAAAAAUCUUAAAGAGCUCUUUGGCGGCGGAUAUCUAGAGAUCAGACCAUGUGAGGGGCCGAGAGUACAAAUAACGGCCGCGCCAGCGCCGGAACAGGCAGCGGCGCCCCGGUGCCUCGACGGCGCGAGGGUCGUCCGCUCCGAAGCCCCGGACCAGCCUCCGCGGACUCCGUCAGGAGUUGCUCAUAACGGUUGCCAAGAAAUCGGGAUCCUUGGGGGCUGAACCUCAGAGGACCCUGAAGAACAUACAUGGCCACCCUCUCCCCCGAAAGUUCACCAGCCCACGCACAUUCUCCAACUUCUUGCAGAGUGCCCCAAGGGAGGAAGUAAAUAAAGCCUAGAACAACACAGGACUCCUGCAGCAGGAGGGUGACAGAACCACUGGCUGGCUAAAUGGUUGUUCCCCCGUUAACGUGUUCUUCCCAGACGGGUGGUUUUCCUCCUAGAGAGUGUGGUAGACGUGCUGGAGGAAGGUUGGGUGAUGCAGUUGAUCUCUGAGCUUCAAUUUUAAAUGGGAGGAAAGUUGUAGCACUAAAGGUUGGGAAGACAUCCCUACAGAAAAUUUGGGGUAAAAUUUUGAAGGUGGAGAAAGGAAGACCUGGGUCACGGGCAGGAUCUGUCAGCUGGCUGCCGUCUGGCCAUCUGCACCUGGUAAAGCUCUUUAUCUCUGCCAUCUGGUCUGCAGGUUCUUCAGUGUUUAAUGUAGAAAACAUGUCAUUGACAGAGGCCAGAGGCAAGUACAGAGGCCUUCUCCAAACAACACAACCAGAGACUGCCAAGUUCAGGUUUAACUGUGUAUUUAAAUAUAUUGAUAUCUCAUCAUCUGUCUCCAAAAAAGAAAACCCCAAAAACUUAAAAAUCCCUUAGCCCGGUGAAUGCUUCCUCAUGGUGGAUGAGAGGAUGUGUUCUUAUUUUAUUUUAUUUUUGUGUGUGUGUGUUCUUAUUUUAGAAGUCCAUCGAGCCUAGUUGAGGUCCUGGGAAAGGUGGGGCGGGUGGGGUGAUGAGGAAGGCUGGACAGAGGCAUCAGGGUAAGCAGAAUGGAUUUUUAUCUAGAUCACUCUUUGUCAGAAAUGCAUUUCCUUCUAUAGGUCACGUUUGCCUCCUUGAGCUGAGGAUAGAGUUGGGGGUGGGAGCCAGUUAGAUCGAGUAGAGCCCAGGACACCUACCCCACACUUCCUACACACACACACCCUCGCUAUAUAGAGCUGGUUUCUCUCUUGUUGCUCUAAUAUUUUUGGCAUCAAUCAAUCAAUGGCUUUAAAUUUUUUGUUUUCUACUUUACAGAAAGAAACUACACAGUCAGCAGGGAAGUCUAAUUACUUGCAUCCCCUGUUUUCACUUCUAAUCCUUACCAAUAUUUAUGUGCGUAGUCAUCAGUGUGGAGCAACUACUCUGUGUCCUAAUUUUUCACUUACUAUGUGUUUGUCUCUAUAUGUCCACAUAUAGAUGGUUAUAGUCAAUGAAAGCCCCACCAGGGUAAGAGACAUUCACUGCCAUUCUUACAAAAUCCCAGUUCUUAGUCAACCUCUGACUGUUGAAUUUAGAAGAUUCAUAUCAGACCUUUGCAGUUACGAACAGCAGUAGCAGUCAUCCCUAGACACCUUUUCCUAGAAAGGUAUAAUGUGAUUUGAAUUAAGCCGAAACAUGUUUCAACUGCAAACUGUUUCACAGUUUGAAAAGUUCAAGCCCAGAAGGUCAAAGUUAGCUGGAAGGUCCUGGCUCCUUACUACUUUAUAACCGGCAUAGGUUUAAAGUCCAAAAGGGCUCGGAUUUCUACCCCAUGUAGAAAUCUCAGGGAGCUGAGCUGACUUCCCUGCAUCCUGGCCCACGGCAGUGACAUAAAGGCGUGGCAGCCCUGAGGCACGUGGGGACAGACACCAGCCACUUUGGCAUCCGUAACCUCCACACUGCUCUCUCUGGCUCUUCUGGCGUGAAUGAGAGGUGGCCCUGCCUGCCCACUGUCCCAAAAUAACAAGUGGAUUAGCCCCAGGAGUUGCUGGGAGUGGCGAGAAGAAUCAACGGUGAGCACCAGUGCCUGGGAGGCUCAGUCAGACUUGCAGAGGCAUGAUGGGAACGCAGAAAGUGCUCUCUGUCCCACUGAUAUAAAGUUCUGAGGAGAUCCACAGAUCUGAGCACCAAGAAUUCAGAUCGGUCCUUGGCCCAUGGGCGUCAGCAUCACCUCCUAGCCAGCAGGAUGGAGACCACCCCGUUAAAUUCCCAGAAGGAGCUAUCAGCAUAUAAGGAUGGAGAAGAUUGUCAGGAAAAUGGGGUUCUACAGAAAGGUGUCCCUGCCCCUGGGGAUAAGGCAGAGUCUGGCCAGAUCUCCAACGGGUACUCAGCGGUUCCGAACCCUGGCGCAGGAGACGACACUCAGCACUCCAUCCCGGCUGCCACCACCGCCCUAGUGGCUGAGGUUUACCCAGCAGAGCGGGAGACCUGGGGCAAGAAGGUGGAUUUCCUCCUCUCUGUCAUUGGCUAUGCCGUGGACCUGGGCAACGUCUGGCGCUUUCCCUACAUUUGUUACCAGAAUGGAGGGGGGGCAUUCCUCCUCCCCUACACUAUCAUGGCCAUUUUUGGGGGGAUCCCGCUCUUCUACAUGGAGCUCGCACUGGGGCAGUACCACCGAAAUGGAUGCAUUUCGAUAUGGACGAAAAUCUGCCCAAUUUUCAAAGGGAUAGGUUGCGCCAUCUGCCUCAUCGCCUUCUACAUCGCCUCCUACUACAACACCAUCAUGGCCUGGGCCCUCUACUACCUCAUCUCCUCCUUCACGGAGCAGCUGCCCUGGACCAGCUGCGAGAACUCCUGGAACACGGGCAACUGCACCAACUACUUCUCCGAGGAUAACAUCACCUGGAUGCUCCACUCAACAUCCCCUGCAGAAGAAUUUUACACGCGGCACGUCCUGCAGAUCCACCGGUCAAAGGGGCUCCAGGACCUGGGGGGCCUCAGUUGGCAGCUUGUCCUGUGCAUCAUGUUCAUCUUCACUAUCAUCUACUUUAGCAUCUGGAAAGGUGUCAAAACAUCUGGCAAGGUGGUUUGGGUGACAGCCAUUUUCCCUUACAUCAUUCUUUUGAUCCUGCUGGUGAGGGGGGCCACCCUCCCUGGAGCCUGGAGGGGAGUUCUCUUCUAUUUGAAACCCAACUGGCAGAAACUCCUAGAGACAGGGGUGUGGGUGGAUGCGGCCGCCCAGAUCUUCUUCUCUCUCGGCCCUGGCUUUGGGGUCCUACUGGCUUUUGCUAGCUACAACAAAUUCCACAACAACUGUUACCAAGACGCCCUGGUGACCAGUGCGGUGAACUGCAUGACAAGCUUCGUUUCAGGAUUUGUCAUCUUCACGGUGCUGGGGUAUAUGGCUGAGAUGAGGAAGGAAGAUGUGUCUGAGGUGGCCAAAGAUGCAGGCCCCAGCCUCCUGUUCAUCACAUACGCAGAAGCCAUAGCCAACAUGCCGGCAUCCACAUUCUUUGCCAUCGUCUUCUUCCUGAUGUUAAUCACCCUGGGCUUGGACAGCACGUUUGCAGGCUUGGAGGGGGUGAUCACAGCUGUGCUGGAUGAGUUUCCACAUGUCUGGGCCAAGCGCCGGGAGUGGUUUGUGCUUGGCGUGGUCAUUACCUGCUUCUUUGGAUCCCUGGUCACCUUGACUUUUGGCGGGGCCUACGUGGUGAAGCUGUUGGAGGAGUUUGCCACGGGACCUGCAGUGCUCACCGUGGCCCUGAUUGAAGCAGUUGCUGUGUUUUGGUUCUACGGCAUCAAUCAGUUCUGCAGUGAUGUGAAGGAAAUGCUUGGUUUCAGCCCUGGAUGGUUUUGGAAGAUCUGCUGGGUAGCCAUCAGCCCUCUGUUUCUCCUGUUCAUCAUCUGCAGUUUUUUGAUGAGCCCACCACAGCUACGACUUUUCCAGUAUGAUUAUCCUCGGUGGAGCAUCAUCCUGGGUUACUGCAUAGGAACCUCAUCUUUCAUCUGCAUCCCGACAUAUAUAACUUAUCGGCUGAUUGUCACUCCAGGGACACUUAAGGAGCGUAUUAUUAAAGGUAUCACCCCAGAAACACCGACAGAAAUUCCCUGUGGGGACAUCCGCUUGAAUGCUGUGUAAAACAUCAACAAAAGGAAGAUGACUUCCCAAUAACCUCUUCUUCCAGUCCUGACAAGUCACACAUCGCCUUCUCCCUCUAAGUCAAUGAGUUUCCGGCUAAGCCUAUCAAUGGAAGGGCCUUCAUAGAGACACAGUCCCAAAAGACCACGGUGCCCAGAUUCUUUCGGCCUCCAGUCACUUUGUGUGAAAUCUCUGGGACAUGUUACGACGUUAGACUCUGUGAUGCAGCUAAAGUGGACUGCUUUGAAUGUGUGAAGCUGUGUAUGGAGGUGAUGAAAACCACCACGUCAUCAUUAGGACUAGUUUAGGAUCAAGUCUGUGAAAGUCUCCUGUGUCAUUCCUUCUUACGAUCACCAGUAUCUAAUAUCGUUUGCUUCCAAAGAUUUCAACUGCAUAAACCAUGUAGGAAAAAACAGGGAUACUGUCUUGCUAGCCAUAUGUUUUCUGAGUAGCAGAGAAUCCUAUAGCUGGAGUCUAUUAGAACCCCGUAACCUGUGUGCUGCUGUGGAAUCAGGAGAGGAAGAUGUAAGAAGCUAAACUGAAAAAUAAUGUGUAUGUGUGAGCAUGUGUGUCUGUGUGUACAACUGUUCCAGUGUAUCCUUACCCGUUACAAACUAUAUGAAUUUCCUCUAGUUUUUUUUUACAUUAACAAAUUCCACCUACU